GAGAUAUUGGCCAUAGAGAUGUCUGCCCUCUUGUGACCUUCUUGUGAGCAGUUUCAUGUAGGAACUAUUUUCCUUCUACUGAACUAUACCCGCAAACCUUAUCACCCCACAGAAGGAAAUGUGCAUCCACUGCUAGCUCACCUAGCACCAAUGAGCUAGCUAACAUUACAGCUCAGCUGAGGAGGACACCAUUAAUGAUUACAUCUGAGCCUUUCAUGAGCACAAGCAUUUGCACAAGAACGUAUUUUCAGGUGCUACGUAGCAGUCUGCGCACAUGACUAUGUAUAUGUGCAUGUGCUUAGGCAAGAUGGCUGCCAGCUGCAGACCACUGUUUGAAACCAUCAAAACAAAACUGGUUGUUUCAGUAAAAAAAAUUGCUGCCGCGGUGAUGCCACCAAAAGUGGGUAUUUUAAGCCAAAACAUGAUCUGUUCCUAACCAUAACCAGGGGUUUUUGUGCCUAAACAUAACCACACAUUAACUUCAGCGUUGUUGAAACCUAAAAUUUCAACAUAUCCGCUACGUAAUAAGGUACAAAUCAUAUCCAUGGUUUAUAGAAAUCUACAAUUAGAACAUUUACUCUGGCCGUUGGGUUGAGGAGUUACUGCUCAGGAAAACUGCUCAGACUUUCUUACAUCAGUGGUUCCAUCAAUCCUCAGCUCAGACACAUUUCCUCUCUGCACUGCAUGUGCCAAAAAUUCUGAUACUUCCUUUUGAAUGGUUGUGGUUUGCUGAAACCACUCACAUUCCCUGGGCAACUCAUAACAUCAUGUCUGCUUUUCUACCUCUCCAUUAUUAGCUGCCAUAAAACUUCAUCCCGAUGGCUUUGCCCUCGCAGUGGAAGUCCUGCGUGUCCAAGAUAUGUUGAAAAUCUAAAAAUCCAAAACUGUCCUGACAAUAUUCUGGUCGUUCCCCGCCUGUCCACGCUAUUGAUUAGCUCCUGCUAUCACAAAUCUCUUCCCAGGUUUAGCUGUCCCAUGAGCUGACACGACACUUGCACUUUGACCUGACCAGAUGACAUGGUCACAUCAGAUCAGAGGAAUUAAUUAAAUCCACAUCUUGUCCUCCCGGGGAUGGACCUGGCAUCAGAGACUAAAAUGAACUCUGAGGGGGGCGAAGGCAGACCAGUCCCUCCUACCUCUCUACCCCUUCAAGGAGGUUCCACACAAAGAAAAAAGCUAUCUGCCCCUCGCAUCAGCCUGUCACUGGACCAGAGCGAGGAUGACUUGGGGGAGACGCCAGACGAUCUGGACAUUAAUGUCGAUGACCUCGACACGCCUGAUGAGGGGGACUACCUUGACUACACGGACCAUGAAAUGGACUGGGAAGACCCCAAUGCAGCCAACAGGAGCGGGAUAAGCGAGCCUUACAAUCCAAUCCCUACAUACAGCGCUGAGGAGGAGCGCCAGGAUGGCAGGCUGUGGAGGACUGUAGUUAUUGGGGAGCAGGAGCACCGCAUUAACAUGAAGAUCAUUGAGCCCUACAUGAGGGUCAUUUCCCACGGAGGCUACUAUGGCAACGGAGUGAAUGCCAUCAUCGUGUUUGCUGCCUGCUUCUUGCCAGAUAGCGACAGAGAGGACUACCACGAAAUAAUGGAGAACCUCUUCCUCUAUGUGAUCAGCACACUGGAGCUGAUGGUGGCAGAGGACUACAUGAUUGUGUACCUGAACGGAGCCACCCCCCACAGAAGAAUGCCUGGUCUUGGUUGGCUGAAGAAAUGCUAUCAGAUGAUUGAUAGAAGGCUCAGGAAGAAUUUGAAAUCCUUCAUUAUUCUCCAUCCAUCGUGGUUUAUUAGGACCGUUUUAGCCAUCACCAAGCCCUUCAUCAGCACCAAGUUCAGCAGUAAGAUUAAGUAUGUGAACAGUCUGGACGAACUGCAGGAAUUCAUCCCCAUGGACUCCAUCCAGAUCCCAGAGUGCAUCAUUAGACUUGACAAGGAACUGAAGGAAGCAGCAGAGAACUCAAAAAUGAAUAGUUUUCUGCUGGGACCGGAGCCAACAGCAGCAGGCAGAACAGACAGACCAGACGCAGCCGGUGCCAGCAGCUCCUAAACCCAAACAUCCUAAAUGGAUGGGUCAUCUCAAUGUUCUCAAGUCACUGUUGUAUUGUACGGGUGAAGCUGGAAAACAAAAUCAACGGCUUGUUAAGCUAGUGUGUGUGUGUGCGUGCGUGUGUGUGUCAGUGUUUGUCAAUUAGACACUGGAGUUUAAUAUGACAACUUGCAAUAGUACCUGUUUAAACUCAAGACUUAGAUCUCAUUCUUUCUGGCUGCUGUAGCAUCGACUGUACCUUUACACCUCCAAUCCAGAGAACCAUAUAGUCAAGCGUGAUGCUUGGCAGCACCUACAGAGUAGCAUCGUCGUUCACGGUAGGGUAGGGAAUGCAAUUACACACCAGACAGUGCACUGCGCAAAUCCAUUUGUAGUCUAUAGUGUUGUAGUUGUGUGCAUGAGAAGCAGUGAAGCAAUAAUAUCACCCUUUACUGGUCACACACUCUCAGUAUUUCAGAUAAAGAGGCGACUUGUGUGUCAGCAAUCUACAAUAAAAGCACAUGGUGUGGCCAAAAAGAACUCCUUGUGCCAUAGAUGAUGACCAACUACUGCAUUGAAGCAAUCCACUCCUCUGUCUUAAUACUUGUUCUAAAAUAAGUCUACAAAUAGAUAUUUAAACUUUAUAGAGUCGGAAACCAAGGAGGAAUAGGUUAAAUAUGAAACCAAGUUAUCAGUGCAAUGUGAGAGCAUGUCUGCAAAUGUGUGUGUGCGUGUGUGUUUUCAAUCCAUUUCUGUCAGAUACAUGGAUACCCUGACACUGGGAAUCGUCUCUUCAGCUUCUCCUGGAUCAUCAGGAAGAAACCUCAGAGUACAUAAAAGAUGGGAUUUCUGUAAAGCACAAUAUCGUCUGUGUGUGUGUGUGUCCACACGCAUGUGUGUGUUUGUGCAUCAGUGCAUGUCCCCUCAUAGAUAACUGAUGGUCCUCUUACCCAUGAGUCUUCUUCGAUGGUGUAUUGAGGGAUUGCAAAGAAAUUAUGGAUCACUGUCUAGUAAUAUAAUAAAAAUGGACUCA